AUGCGUGAAGUCGCUCGUCAAAAAGCGAAAACUCGGCGGUCGCCAAUCAAGCGUCGAAGCAUCUGCGGCAAAGCCAAUCGGCCGCCAUCGCCACAACUUGGUCGGGAGACAUCGUCGCCAUCUUCUCGGCCAACUCAUCAGAUCAUCGAGAAGCAAAAACCUGCGCAGUGGGUUGAGCGAGUUCAGGAUGAUUCUGAGGAGCAAAAUCAGGCAAAACUUUGUUCCCAAAUUACAGAGAUUUUGAAAAGCGUCGGGCAUAAAGUCUAUACAGAUCCAACUGCAGAUAGCGAAUCAGAGGAUAUCAGGAAGAACAGAGGAGAAGAGAUGAAAAGAAAGGCGCUAGAGCAAGAAGAACAAGAAAAGCAGGAGGAAUUAGAAGCAGAAUGGAGAGAGUUUGUGCUUUGGAAGCAAGAUAAAUUGUAUAAGGAAGCAACAUCAAGUAGAAAUAAACUACAGGACGAUGAUACAGGGCCGCCGAAGAGCAGUAAGAGCCAAAAAUCUCGUCUGAGUUCAAGAGAAAGAGAUGUUUUAAGUGAUGAGGAAACAGAUGAUGAAAAGCCGCCGAAGAGCCAUAAGCGCUUGUUAUCAUCCAAAGAAAAUUAUGGAAAGGACACUUCUAGAAGAGACAAACGGCCGCCGGAGAGCAUUAAGAGCCGGAAAUCUCAUAAAGGUUGGGAAGAACAUGAGAAAAAUGACAGAGUAUGGAGCGUGGAAACCAACGGUACGAUGAAAUGGAACCGAACCCUAUGA